AUGCUACAGAUCAACGCUCGCCUGGAUGACGGGUCUGUGUGGAGAUGUGGAGUGGUUGACUUCGUCAGCAACAACCUGACUGUUGAAGUCCUCAUACCCACAACAGAUAAAUCACCUUCUGGUAUCCCCAAUGUCUACGCUAUAGUUGGGUCUAGUGCAGGGACAGCCAUCGUUUGUUUCCUAAUUGUUUUCGCAGUCAUCGGCAUCAAACACAUUGCUGGUUCAAGGGAGCAGGAUAUGAAUACAAUCAAUUCUGAUCCAGGCACUUCGGGUUUGAUUCCCGACGACAUCGGGUCAGAUGUCAACGUCCAAUAUAGCAAUAUCGACAUAAUCACUGGAGCCACAGGGACAGAUGUGAACAGCCAGUACAGUAAUAGCAGUGUCAUCACCGGGACCACCAGGUCAGAUGUGAACAACCAGUACAGUAAUAGCAGUGUCAUCACCGGAACCACCAGGUCAGAUGUGAACAACCAGUACAGUAAUAGCAGUGACAUCACCGGAACUACCAGGUCAGAUGUGAACAACCAGUCCAGUAAUAGCAAUGUCAUCACCGGAACCACCAGGUCAGAUGUGAACAACCAGUCCAGUACUAGCAGUGUCAUCACCGGAACCAUCAGGUCAGAUGUGAACAACCAGUACAGUGAUAGCACUGACAUCACCGGAACUACCAGGUCAGAUGUGAACAACCAGUACAGUAAUAGCAAUGUCAUCACCGGAACCACCAGGUCAGAUGUGAACAACCAGUACAGUAAUAGCAGUGUCAUCACCGGAACCAUCAGGUCAGAUGUGAACAACCAGUACAGUAAUAGCAGUGUCAACACCGGAACCACCAGGUCAGAUGUGAACAACCAGUACAGUAAUAGCAGUGACAUCACCGGAACUACCAGGUCAGAUGUGAACAACCAGUCCAGUAAUAGCAAUGUCAUCACCGGAACCACCAGGUCAGAUGUGAACAACCAGUACAGUAAUAGCAAUGUCAUCACCGGAACCACCAGGUCAGAUGUGAACAACCAGUACAGUAAUAGCAGUGACAUCACCGGAACUACCAGGUCAGAUGUGAACAACCAGUACAGUAAUAGCAGUGUCAUCACCGGAACCACCAGGUCAGAUGUGAACAACCAGUACAGUAAUAGCAGUGUCAUCUCCGGAACCACCAGGUCAGAUGUGAACAACCAGUACAGUAAUAGCAGUGUCAUCACCGGAGCCACCAGGUCAGAUGUGAACAACCAGUACAGUAAUAGCAUUGUCAUCACCGGAACCACCAGGUCAGAUGUGAACAACCAGUCCAGUAAUAGCAGUGUCAUCACCGGAACCAUCAGGUCAGAUGUGAACAACCAGUACAGUGAUAGCACUGACAUCACCGGAACUACCAGGUCAGAUGUGAACAACCAGUCCAGUAAUAGCAAUGUCAUCACCGGAACCACCAGGUCAGAUGUGAACAACCAGUACAGUAAUAGCAGUGUCAUCACCGGAACCAUCAGGUCAGAUGUGAACAACCAGUACAGUAAUAGCAGUGACAUCACCGGAACCACCAGGUCAGAUGUGAACAACCAGUACAGUAAUAGCAGUGUCAUCAGCGGAGCCGCCAGGUCAGAUGUGAACAACCAGUACAGUAAUAGCAGUGUCAUCAGCGGAGCCACCAGGUCAGAUGUGAACAACGAAUAUUCCACUGCCGAUGUUCCAUCGAACGAGGACAGGCUAUACAGGUGA